AUGUCUCCUGUCUGGAAAUCCAUCCAGGAUAGAGGAAUUUCAGAGGCGGCUGCUAAGUUCAUCAUGGCCUCCUGGAGAGACGGAACAAAGAAACAGUACAGUACCUACAUUACAAAGUGGCAAAAGUUUUGUAAUCAGAGGCAGAUCAGUCACAUUCAACCAUCUGUAGUGUCUGUGCUUGAUUUUCUAACCCUGCUAUAUCAGCAAGGCCUUACAUACAGUGCCAUCAAUACAGCCCGAAGUGCUUUAUCUAGCUAUAUUACUUUAGAAAAUGGGACAUUCGUAGGAAAACACCCUCUAGUAUCUCAGCUAAUGAAAGGCAUUUUCCAGGAAAAACCACCGAGACCUAAGUACCCAGAAAUUUGCGAUGUGUCCAUUGUUCUUUCAUACCUUCAGUCUUUAUCCCCUGUGGAUAAAUUGUCCUUGAAGUAA